UAUUAUUAUUUAGCUGGAAGGUCCCUACAUAAAAUGUUAAUACGGUCAAGAGACGUCUCUGGGGUUUAAAAUAGCUUUGUCAACGUGAUAAAUCCAAUUGUUCUAAAAGAUACAAGAAAGUGAAAAUUUCCUCAUUCCCAAUGAACGCACCACUUACAUAGAACCACAAAGGGCGGUGUUCAUUUAUCCAGUUAUGUCCUAAGCGUUGACUUGCAGGUAGUUUUGACGUAAUGGCAGUGGUUUACCUCGACAAGUGUAAGCCUUAACAUAUUCCCACAACUGCUAAUAAUGAGUCCGAAAAGACGGUUUUGUGAAUAACAAUAGCAGAAUCGUGACUUUCAGUGACAAUUUAAUGCAGCCUGCGAAACUAAAAACGGGGUGAAGCGAUAACAAGCGGCACCUCUUUCGGCAGCUCAGUGGGGCUCCGAAGCUAGGCUAGCUACCUGUGUGGUGUGUCGGCGGUUGCACAUGCUAACGCUGCGUCCGGUAACCUUCUCCAAACAACAUGACUCAUCUAUUAGCAGCUGGUGACCAGCGUAUUCUGCCUUGAAAUGAGCCCGGCGAGUUAACCUGUUUGGAGUAACGCGAGAAACGAGAGAGGGGCUUGCUCCACACUAAACACCAGCGACGGGUAGCCUUGACAACAGCUUCCUCCUGUCCCCAACCGAAGUUCCUCCUCCGCCUCCGGAUGAGGUAGUUUAACGGGUUAGCUGUAUGAAACCCACCCAGGCGGUGAGUGCGUGUCUACUACGGAGUGAACCACGAGGAAAUCCCGCUGUACAUGUUUCGCCAAGAAGUCGGUGUGACGUCUUUUAUCCCAUCUUGUUCGUAUCUAUUCCAACCCGAAAAGAGGAACAUGUCCCGGUACAACAUAUACAGCCUGCUGGACUGGAUUUACGGCGGGGUGGACCCGAAGUUUGAGGGCAACGGGGGGCCCGAGUGCGCAGCCUUCCUCCCGCUCCAGCAGCGCGUCGUGGAGAGCCUGGCCAUCCUCUUCAUCUCGCUGCUGGAGGUCGGUGUUGCACUGAGGAAGAUAAACUUUGCAAAGGAGUUCAAGGUUGUCGGCGGGGACUGCGUGAAGCCGAAGAAGGACAGUCUGGGCAAGAACCUGUUGCUGGUCUCACUUUGCAUGACUUUUGGAAUAGAAGUCGGGUUCAAGUUUGCGACUAAGACUGUGAUAUAUCUUCUGAAUCCCUGCCAUAUAGUCACCAUGAUUCAGAUCUUCCUGCUGGCCUGCCCGCCGUGCAAAACAGCGAUGAUUGUAUUUAGACUGCAUAUUCACAUGCUGAAUGGAGCACUGUUGGGUUUGGCGUUCCCUAUAGUCAACACCAGGCUGCUGCCGUUUGAGAUGGAGACCUACUACAUCCAACAUUCCAUGAUGUACUGGGUGCCUGUUUACCUCAUGAGAAAAGGAGGUGUGUACCAGCCCGAGCCUCUGGGGAACAUGUGGUGGGCGCUGCUCUCCACUGGCAUCCUGUUUCUCUACCACAUCAUCUUCCUGCAGCCCCUUGGCCUGGCGACAGAGGUCAACCUGAACAACAUGCUGUGUCCGGCCGUGUCGGAUCCCUUCUACGGGCCGUGGUACCGGGUGUGGGCGACGGGCCACCAGACUGCGCUGACGCUGAUCCAUGGGAAGCUCCUGACGUUCCUCUCUCAGUACAGCGGCUCCGCCUGCAGAUACCUGCUGGACACGCUUCCACUGCGCAGCAAGAAGGUCGACUAGACGUCCGCGCACACGCGGCCCCCCGAGGCUUUGUUCUGUUUUACAUCUACGUUUUCUGGAAUCUUUUAGCCCUGUUGAGACAUGGGCAGCUUUUCAGGGGCCAAUAAAACCCACACAUCAUUCUUGGUGGCUCAAAUACGUAUGUGUACAAUUUCCAUGCUGGUUGUUAAGCAGCUGGACAUGCGCUCACUGACAGGGUUUCCCCCAGAAAACUUGCUAAGCCCGGUGGCAGGGCGGUCCACCAGCGGCCCGCCGUUUUUUUGUUUUUCUGUUUGUUUUUUGUGUUAAAAAAAUGCUAAAAGUUGACGGUAAAUUUAUUAUGACUAAGUAACUGUAUGCUAUUUGAAGGUAUUAUUGGCAACACCUAAACACACAACUGUAGUUUUAAAAAUACAAACACAAAAAAUAUAAUUAAUUCAAAUUGUCAGUUUUUUGCAUUAAUUUCUAACUAAGUAAUCAGACAUUGGCCUGUUAUGUAAUGCUGGUCACACUCAGCCGGCCUAAUGCAUAAACAAACUAAGCAGCUGCUUGGAGCCGCCAUUUUAACAUGAACCAUAGUUCUUUUAACAUUUUAGCAUUUGUUUUUAUUGAGAAUAAAAAUGCUAUCAAAUUUGAUGUAAUUGUUUCAGUAGAGAUAAAAGUUUUAAAUUCUUUGCCAUUUAAAUUUAAGAUUUGAAAAAGCUGGCAAGAUUAACUUUUAAAAGUUCAAAAAAUAACUCUUCAUAGUAUGAUUGUUGUGUUACCAUAACUACAACAUGAGGCCAUGAGUUUAAUCUGCGUUUGAGCUUGGUUUGUUCACAAAUAAUAACCAAUUACCUGUUUUUCAGUUUAUUUAAGUACAUUAACUAAAUGUACUUAGUGUACAAAAUUUAAGUGUUUCUCGUAUUAAGUUUUCCUUUAGUAAUGUCUGCUGCUUGGUGCAGUAUUUUGCUGGUUGGGAUUGGUUAUUAUUUAUCCAAGCGAAUGUAAUAUUUGCGAGGAAAGCUGUUUGAAAACGACUAGUCUACGAUUGACUGGUUAACUUUAUCAAGUUGCAAGUGCAGAGAAGCGUCAAGCGCCUGCCAGAACUCGUAUUGAGCUCGUGGGAUACGUAAACACAUACGCCGCACGUCACUCUUUGUUCGCAACGAGAACCUCAAAAAGCGCGACUAUAUGUGAAAUUGUAUCGGCGGCUUACGUUGCGCUUGCGCGAGCGUACGCCGCCGAUACGGCGUUGUCCGGAAAUGAACCCCGACGGAGCUCCUUCCGGUUUGAGUGAAAGGUGGCGCGCGCCAUUUGACAAAACUUCAAGAGGCGCAUGCGUCAAUGACCAGACGCCAACACGUCGUCGCGCCCAGCUUAAUGCAUCAACUAUAGAUCCGUCUUCACUAUCGCUGUUACUGGUGUGUUAAAAGCUAAUCUGAAAUAAACAAACUAGCGACGUGGGCGGGGCAAGUAAAGCCAAGCGGCCGCCGGGCUUGUAAUGGCGGAAGCUGGGGGAAACCUUGUGAUACAGUUUUCAUCCUGCUGCCUUUUUCUUUGUUGUAAAUGUAAAGUCGACGUUGAGUACCUGAAUGGUCCCACCUGCUUGUGGCGCAGGUGGGACCAUUCAGGUACUCAGCGGGUGGGAGGCGCUGCUUUCAGCUCUGACUGAGUUUAGUUAUGCUAACUCUCAUUUUACCGAGUCGUUUUUAUUUGUCUCAAGUGCGCUUUGAAGCAGAUUUUAAAUGUGAGCUGUUGUUAAAGUCACUGCUUGUUUAAUAGCGCGUGGAUGUGAAUGUUAUCUUUUGUCGGGUUUUUUUAUGAGUGGAGAAAAAAAACGCAUAUGAAAAGGAUAGGAUUUAAUUUUUGUAAGUGGCUUUUAUCUUCCAGUCUCCAGCCUGUUCAAUGCAUUCCAGUUAUGAUAAUCAGGAGGCAUGAAGGACUUCUUACAUGCUGCAGGUUGAAGUGAAGAAUAAGGAGUGAAUGGGUGGGACUUGGGUUGUUGUUUUGUUUCUCUCUCUGUGUUGUUUUUAUCGUGGUGUUUGACUAUAUUCGUCGAGGUUUAACCUUGAGAACAUUGUUAGGAAAAAAAUAUUUGCCAAUGGCAGGCAGAUGCUGCGUCUUAUCUGGAACUGAAGGUCUUUGCAAAACCAUUCAUACCCGUUGAACCUUUUCCUCGUGUUGUCGUGCUACCACCUCCACAUUUUGAUGACUUUUAUUAGGCCGUCAUUAUUACAGAUGGUCAUUUCUGGUUUUGCAUGCGUUUGUGUGAAGGUUUCUUUAUUCCGGUGCCCAAGAUAACAGAUAAUAGUUCUUCUGGUUUUAUGCUAAUCCAUUGCCCAAAAGUGGAAAGAGUGUAGUACAGCUACACCUAAACAGCCCAAAGCGGACAUUAUUCAGCAAAGCAGUCUGUAGCCUGUAGCAGUCUGUGUUACAGCGGCUCAGAAGAAGCCUCUGUCUGAAAACUCUGCUGUUUUUUUUUUUUUUUUAACAGUCUCGUGAAGAAUAUGCUCAGGGUUUUCCAUAAUUUUUGUAAAGAAUUCUUCUUUGUUCGAUAAUCUCCAGACAUUCCAGAGUAAUCCCCAAAACAGAACCGUUCUUCUUUAUCUCGCUUUUCAGCCUGGUGGACGGCCGUGUCUGGGUGCAGCUGCGCCGUACUCCAGUCAGGUUAUUAUUUCAUAACCUAGCUAUUAUAACCAUGUAUCAUUUUUCCUUCUGCUUCACAAAUAGUCGUGAAUUUAAUCACAUAAGAUACAUCACCGUUCGUGAACAAGUGCAAUGUGGGUGUGAAUACUUUUACUAGGCUCUCUGUGUAUCAAGACACUUGAAAGAAACUCUUGUUCCAACAGUAACAAAUCAUGCACAAAAAUGUUUACCUCCAAAAUUCAUGCCGUUAAAUCAACACCUAUUAUAGGAAAAUGUCACUCGUAUGUACAUUUCAUUUCAAGUCCGAGGUGGUUUGUGCACCCGUCUUUAUUUCAGUAUCGAAAAGGGAGAAGAGAAACUUUUGUAGCUCUGAGUUCAGAUGUGUGUUGCGGCAACAAUUAAAGGGAUUUCCAGUGGCCAAAGUUUUCCUUGUGUAUUUUUCUUCUUUUUUUGUAUUUAUGUUCUGUAUUAGUCUAAUUUAAGUCAGAUAUUUCUCCUGCUCUAUUUUCUACUGAAAGCAAACUGUCAUUUGAAGAAAAGAUAACAUUGUUUCGAAUGUAAACGUUUCAUUUAGCAGAGUUGGAUGGUUUUUCCCAUGGGGUGUGUAUUUGUUUUUAUUUGUGUGUAGAGUCCUGAGAGUAUGAGGCAUGCUUUCAGAAAAUGUGGGUAAACAACCGAGAAAAACUGUAAUUAGUUUGGGUCUCGGUAUGAAAUCGCACUUUGUUUGUUCAGCUGAUCAUACCGUAAACUUCUUAAGACAGAAUAAGCUAAUACAGGUGUUUGUCACAAUCAUAAAGUAAAAAUCUAUAAAAGUACGAGAAGAAUUACACUUAGUCAUGAAUGUGAAGAAAGUAGGAAACUACUUCCUGACAUAUUCCCAAUCCGUCUCCUUGACGACACACGGCUGAUGAAGAUUGGAUUUUUAAUUCCAGGGUACAAAAAAAAAGAAAAGAAAAUCUAAUAUUUUCAAAUUUACAAAAUGAUUCAGAUUUACAUUGACUGACUUUGGACCACUUCAUAAAACACAUCAAUUGCAUGUUAGCCUGCAUUAGCUAACAAUAACAUAACUAAGUUAUGGAAAUUGAUUGAAGUAAAGGUUUCAUACAUUGGUCAUUUCAACAUGUGGCAUUAAUUUUAAAGUGUGAAUGAAAAAUGAAUGUCAGUUAAAGCUAAACGAAUGUGAAGGUUUUCAGACUGAAUUAAGUGAAAGUCAAACUUUUGCUCGUCUUCUCUGCCCACUCAGUUUCUGUUUUCACCAACCUUUUCCAAUCCCAUGUAUCCGUUUCACAUCAAGCCUGCCAUUUCUUUAAAGCUUCAAGAUUUGAUUUGAUUUUUUUAACUGCUAAUUGUGCGAUACAUUUUGAUCAACACAUAUCAUAAAAUGACUCAGCUGUCAUUUUGCUAGUAAUGGUAAACUUGCUAGUGAAGAUGCUUAAAACAGCAACUGGAAAAAAAUAACAUUUCAUCCGACCCACGUCUCCCCUGCCUCAUCGGCAGAAGUGCUGCAAAACAAGAGGGACGACACGUUUUUAGCUGAUUUGGAGGGGUUUUUUUAUUGAAUAAAUGAUUUUAAAAGGUAACAAUGUUUAAAACUACAUUAUUUUCACAGCCAUUGCUUACAGAUAACCCAUCGAUAUAUUUUCUUUCAGCCUUCUUCACAAUUUUAUUUAUUUUUUUUACCUUUUUUUUUGCGUUAUGUACUUUUUUAUUUUCUUUUUGGUGUCAUACGAUCAUAAAUGCCCGUUUUGGAGUUCCAUCACACUAAACAGCAAUUCAGUUGGAAAGGAAGAGGGGUUCUAGUUCUACAGGGAUGGAAUUAAAAGUUCCCAGUUCAUUAUUUCCCCCCCUCCCCCAUCAACAAUUUUUCAGAGUACUAAAGCAGAGAGAGAGAGAGAGAGGAAAAAGGAAAAGAUUCAAAAAUUGACAAAGGAAAUAAAAGUUGGUAUGAGGAGUUACACCAGGUAACCCUCCCAGCCCAUCAGGCCACUGCAAAAGAAAGCCAUUUUAUACAGCGACACGUCUCAGAAGUGUGUCUCAAAAAUUUUCAGAACAUAGAAAACCACUAAAAUAAUUUUGAAACUAGAUCCAAAAUAUUCCUUUGAAAAAAAUUUAUUUUGAUGUACAAAAACAGUCAUUUUCUCUUUUUUUUUUUAAUUGUCUCUUUUUGUUUUGUUUUGUUUUUUUAACUUUUUUUAAUAAAAGCUUCAAACACAAGUUUAUUGUAGUUCUUAUUUGUCAUUAUUAUUAUUGAUUCACUUUUUUUUUUUUCUUUUAAUUCUUCUAUCAGUGCGAUUGUAUACCAGUGCAGCUACUGGGUCGAGUAAAGAAAACAGGCUUUUUCAUCUUUAAUGGCAUAAAAAAUAAGGAAAAAAAAUCCAUCUUUUAUACAAAGUAUAACUGCUGGUCUUUAGGGGGAAAACAAACAUUUAUAAACCACCCAUAAAGCUAGGAGGCACACCAUGGGAUUUUCAUUUUUGAAAAAAAAAAAAA